GGGAAUGGCACGAGAGUCGCAAGCGAGGGCACCAGAUAACAUCUUACUGGGUAACACACGGUGUUUCAUCUCUCUCUCUCCCCGGUCGCGCGCUCUCCUCUUUGCUCUUUCUCUCUCUCUCACUUCCUCUCUGAUUCUUUUCCUACUUGUUGUCGAAGAAGUUUGAACAACCACCAAACUGCCUUAAAUGGAAGUAAAGGCAAUCGAAGUGAAGAAAAUUAUAGCAAUAUGCCAAUCUGGUGGGGAGUUUGUGACCAAUAAAGACGGGUCUUUGUCGUACUCCGGGGGUGAGGCCUUUGCUAUAGACAUUGAUCAGCACACUCAGUUAAAUGAUUUCAAGUCGGAAAUAGCAGAAAUGUUUGAUUUUAGCGUUGAUAAUAUGAUUAUCAAGUAUUUCCUUCCUGGUAAUAAGAAGACCCUCAUCACAAUUUCCAAAGACAAGGAUUUGCAGCGCAUGGUGAAUUUUCUGGGUGAUUCUGUCACUGUUGACGUGUUUAUCAUGCCAGAGGAGGCUGCAGCCCGAAAUGUAUCCAAUAUGCCUGCUAGUAGGUCGAGCAGGACGACUGUGUCGGAAGCAGUGAUUCCUGUAGUUGCCCCUCUUAAUAUUCGAGUUGAUACAGCUAAUGGAAAUAAUUGUAUGGAUAUCGACAUGGUCAGUGGAACCCCUAUAAGCUACCUUGCUGGUUCAGAUGAUGACAAGCAUCGUAAAGCUGCACAACAGUGGGAAAACACCAUCACUGGUGUGGACCAAAGAUUUAACAGUUUCAGUGAAUUCCGAGAAGCUCUGCAUAAAUACUCAAUUGCACAUGGGUUUGCUUAUAGAUAUAAGAAAAAUGACAGCCAUCGCGUCACUGUCAAAUGCAAAUCCCAAGGUUGUCCUUGGCGAAUAUAUGCAUCAAGGUUGUCUACGACCCAGUUGAUUUGUAUCAAGAAAAUGAACACACAACAUACUUGUGAAGGAGCUGCUGUAAAAGCUGGGUAUCGCGCAACUAGGGGUUGGGUGGGUAGUAUCAUAAAGGAGAAGUUGAAAGUUGCCCCAAACUACAAGCCAAAGGAUAUUGCAGAUGACAUCAAACGAGAGUAUGGGAUUCAAUUAAAUUAUUCUCAGGCAUGGCGUGCAAAAGAGAUUGCAAGGGAGCAGCUUCAAGGUUCUUAUAAAGAGGCAUAUAAUCUGUUGCCCUUUUUCUGUGAGAAGAUAAAGGAAACUAACCCGGGGAGUGUCGCCACAUUUACCACUAAGGAUGACUCAAGCUUCCAUCGUCUCUUUGUAUCAUUCCAUGCCUCGAUGUCUGGUUUUCAGCAAGGAUGUCGCCCUCUCCUUUUCCUUGAUAGCACUCCACUCAAUUCGAAAUACCAAGGGGUACUAUUAUCUGCAACAGCUGUUGAUGGCGAUGAUGGUAUCUUUCCAAUAGCCUUCGCUGUUGUAGAUGCUGAGACUGAGGAAAACUGGCAUUGGUUUGUAAUGGAACUUAAAUCUGCAGUGUCAACGUCUCAGCAGAUUACAUUUGUUGCUGAUUUUCAGAAUGGUUUAAAGGAGUCAUUGGCUGAGAUAUUUGAUAAAUGCUACCACAGCUAUUGCUUACGCCAUCUUGCUGAGAAACUUAAUAAGGACUUGAAGGGGCAAUUUUCUCAUGAGGCAAGGCGAUUUAUGAUUAAUGAUUUAUAUGCGGCUGCUUAUGCACCCAAACUUGAUGGUUUUAAUCGUAGUGUUGAGAACAUUAAAGGCAUUUCUCCUGAAGCUUACAACUGGGUCAUACAAAGUGAGCCGGAGCACUGGGCAAAUGCAUUCUUUGGAGGAGCAAGGUAUAACCUAAUGACAUCAAACUUUGGACAACAAUUCUACAGUUGGGUAUCGGAAGCACAUGAGUUGCCAAUAACACAGAUGAUUGAUGCAUUGCGAGGUAAGAUGAUGGAAUCUAUCUAUAUGCGUAGGGUGGAUUCCAGUCAAAGGACAACAAGGUUAACACCAUCUAAAGAAGAAAGGCUACAAAAGGAAACUUCAUUAGCUCAAUCACUGCAAGUGUUACACUUACAGGGUAACACAUUUGAGGUUCGUGGAGAAUCUGUGGAUGUAGUUGAUAUUGAUAAUUGGGAUUGUAGCUGCAAGGAAUGGCAAUUAACUGGUUUGCCUUGCUGCCAUGCGAUUGCUGUCUUUGAAUGCAUUGGUAGGAGCCCAUAUGAUUAUUGCUCCAGACACUUCACAGUCGAAAAUUACUGUUUAACAUAUGCGGAGUCCAUUCAUCCAGUUCCAAAUGUAGACAGACCAAUCGAGGGUGAAUCAGCUGAUGCAAUAGUUACUGUAACCCCUCCACCUACUAAACGACCACCAGGCCGGCCAAAGAUGAAGCAGGCUGAAUCCAUAGACAUUAUUAAACGUCAGCUCCAGUGUAGCAAGUGCAAGGGCCUAGGCCACAAUAAGAAGACAUGCAAAGAUUCCUAGUAGACAUGUUAGGACAUUGUUAAUUAGUAUUUUUGGUUUGCAAGCAGAUUCAGCAUCAAAACCAUGGAGCGUUUUGUUCGGCACCAUUUUAAAGAGAGACGGCAAAGACAUGACGCUCGGUAUCUUCUUUGUCCAAUGUAUGAACCUGUACUGAGUUUUUGCUUCUGAUCUGCAAACCAUGUUCUGGCCUGGGAAAAUUAGAUGCAAUUUGAGCUAGUAAUCAGGUUUUAUCUCUCAAAUUUGCUUCUUGCUAUUAGACAGAGAACAAACUCUCAUUUCUUAUCCUGAAUAUAUAAAUUCCACGUGCUACAGAGUAGAAUCAGAAGUAAUCCACGGUCAUGAUAGCAUUUAUUAUUAUCAUAAUCAUCAUCAUUAUUAUUUUUGUUAUUAUUCACGUAGGAGCUUUUGUUACUGAAGAGAUGCCCUUGAUGUUAAUGUUGGUAUCUCAUUGGUGAUUUUGUGGUGUCUAGGAGUGCUCUCACAACACACCUUACAUCGGUUUCGGACAACAGCUGUUUUCCCUACACCCAAACCUUUAUAUAGAUCAGCAUAUGUUGUAGACAUGUGAAGGCUUCAUGGUGAUUCUAUUGAUCUCUAUAUUUUUUGCUUUUAACAUCAGGGCGAAGUGCUGUUUCCACCUGCAAAUCAAAUGGUGUUUUACACUUUGCAUCCAAAACUACCAAAAUGAACAUAUUACACGUUCAGACUGCCAAAACAUUGCGAUGUGCACCAUUCGUUAAGAUUUAUCCAUCUUAACGACCAUAAUUGGACAAGUUUGCUACUUGCUAUUAUCAGUGUUAGUAGUCAGAGGGUAUAACGUGUCAGUUUUGAUAGUUAUGUAAGGCAUAAAACAUCCUCUAGUACGCGGGUGGAAACUGUUUUUUCCUCACUAUAUUCUUAUAAAAUUGUACUGUUGUUACCUUCCAUUUUCUACAGUGGACUUGAAUGAGCAAAAUUCUGAUUUCUUUUGGCCAGAAAUUAACAUGCAGAUGGCUCUCCUUUUUGAAAACCUGUAAAGAGGAUUGCGUCUACUGUUUCCUCAGUUAUAACCAUCUCUUCCUUGAUGAUUAUUAUAGCCUUCUUUUUCUUUUUCUUUUUCUAGAGAGAUCAUUAUAGCCUUCUUGAUAUACUUGACAGUACAUAUUUGUGAGCAGAACUUAUUGCAACAUUCAACUUGUAACUUGAAGAGCUCUCCCAGCUGAAAUAUGCAAAUUGAUUGUGCUCUUAUUUUUGAGUUGUAACGAUUACCUCCUUGAUAUUUGUUAUAAGUUAUAACCUUCAACAUUCUAAAUAUGUGAUGGCUAUGGUCGGUGAAAUCUGCAACUGUUGCUACUUGUUUCUAUGACGUGCUUUGAAGAGAAUUUCAAGGUGUUUAAUGUUCUAGCAGAUAAGACAUGGACUUUUUAGAACUGUUGGAGUUUCACUUUGUAAGUGAAAACGUGAGGUGGAUUGCGAGUUUGCUUUUAAAUCUGGUUGCAGCAAAAUUAACCUUAAAAUGGGCAUUCCCUCUUUGUAUCCUUUUGUCUGAAUUGAUUCAACAUCUUGAAAAUACGACAUUUCCAAGA